AUGGCAGAUCCAGACCCCUCAGCAGGAAAUCUCCCACAGGUACUAAAUAAGGAGAUAAAAUGUAUGAGCAAACAAGAGAAAUCCUUGCUGGGCAGUGUAGCUGCAAUCAAGACCUUGGCUGGUAUUCUCCGUAGCUGCUAUGGCCCUUAUGGCAGGCUAAAGUACCUGGUGACAUCUCAAGGAAAAACUGUCUGUACAGGGUAUGCAGCAACUAUCCUUAGAGCCUUGGAACUAGAACACCCAGCAGCUCAACUGCUCCGGGAAGCAGCCCAGACCCAAGCUGAGAAUAGUGGGGAUGGCACAGCCUUUGUUGUUCUUCUGGCUGGGGCCUUGCUUGAACAAGCUGAAGCCAUGGUGAGAGCUGGUCUGCCCCACUCUCGUGUCCGUGAAGCCUAUGCUAUUGCAACCGAUGAAGCCCUGAAGAUACUGCCUACCUUGGUUGUUUGUUCCCUAGAUUCUUUGGAAAAUCCAACUUGGGCCCUCCGCUCUGCAGUAUAUACCCACUCUCUCUCCCACCAUGAGUAUUUGACAAACUUGGUGACCCAGGCAUGUCAUGAUUCUAGGGAUCCUGAUGGAAGUUUUCACCCUGAACGCUUGGCAGUAUGCUCAGUGCCUGGGGCAGAUCUGGGUGACUCAAGCCUGAUACCAGGAUUGGCAGUGUAUGGUGCACCCUGUGGGAAAAUUACAGCUAUAUUUAACGCCAAGGUGGCACUAUAUUCUUGCCCCUUCGGCCCCGUUAGCCCCCAUACACCUGCUGCUGCUCAUCUCAGUUCCUCUGAAGACUUAAUUAACCACAAGGAAGGAGAGGACAGAUUGGCAUCAAGGCUAGUGGGCCAGCUUGCAGCUGUAGGUAUCAAUGUGGUGGUGGUAUGGGGACAAAUAAAUGAGAUUUGUCUACUGCAUGCUGAUCGGCAUAACAUCAUGGUCGUGCAAGCAAAGUCCAGGAGGCAGUUAGUCCAGCUGAGCCAUGUCAUGCAUAUAACUCUGCUGCCUUUCUUGAUACCUCCCAUUGUAGCAGGGGAAUGUGUUAGAGUAUAUACACAGGAAAUGGCACUGGGAUUGGCUGUAGUGUUUGAAUGGAAUUACUUAUUUGCACCUGCUAUCACUGUGAUCCUUCGGGGAUCCACGGAUGAAGGACUAAAGGGAGCAGAACAAGCUGUUCGUCAUGCCAUAAAUACCUAUACACAGCUGAGUCAGGACCCUCGCUUGCUACCAGGAGCUGGGGCAACGGAGUUGGCUCUAGCUAAAGAACUUUCAGAACUGGGAAGCCAAUUAGAGGGGCCCAAUGGUCCUGGGAUCCUUGCAUUUGCCAGGGCUCUUAGGUCACUUCCUGUAAUCCUAGCAGAGAAUGCAGGUGUGCCAGGGGCAGAUAUAUUGGCACAACUUCAGGGACACCACCAGGCUGGGGACAUUGUUAUGGGAGUGGGGGAUGAAGGGACAAUAAAUGUGACCCAGGAAGGAAUAUUUGACCCCUUGACUGUCAAGACCCGGGGUAUACGGGUGGCAGCUGAUGUGGUAUUGGAACUAGUGACUGUAGAUGAUAUCCUGAUUGCCAAGAAAAGUGGGGAGUUUAUCAACCCAAAGGACAGGGAUUCUGAAUCAGAUAAUCUAAAACAACACCCAACCUCCCUCAAUAACAACUAACCCUUGGAAGAAAUAAGUUAGUAACUCCCUCAAUAAAAGGAGACUGCCAAGGAGG